AUGGGCCGGGGCAAAGCCAAAAUCCAGGCAGGGGUCGGGUGGGUGGAGGAGGUGAGAUAUGGUGAGAUUGUCUGUGGAGAAACGGAAGCGCUGCUGCAUUGCCCAUUGCAGGUCCCCGACUGCCGCUAUGGUGCGGCUUGCACUCGAAGGCGUCGCCGAAGGGCCGAAGGGAGCGAGACGGGCAGGGGGCGGGGGCUUCUCCUAGUGUCUGCUUUUUCAGGGACUGCGUUUUCAAGCAUCCGCCGAAACCAGCAAAGUCUGCCAUCGCCUCAGCGGAAGCCCCAUGGGAGCUUCCAGGAGCGUCACAAGCGUCAGGCGCUUUCCAUGGUAUGCCGAGAUCUGCUGAGAAUCGCUGAAGAGCCGCUGUGGCACCCGGCAGCAUGUUCGCCGUGCACGGCGCAAGACGUCUGCUUUGCCUUCGUGGCGGGGAAGUGCGCCUUCGGACGACAGUGCCACGAUAAGCACCCGGACGAGGCUUCCUGCCAGAGCAUCAAAGAGCGCUAUGGCAAGAUCGACUGCCAGUGGGGCCGCGGUUGCCGAACCGACGGGUGCUUGUACCGGCAUCCCAGCGACGAGCCCGUCGGCCCGGCCUUGCGCCUCGAGAUGAAGCCACAGCCAGCGGUGGUCUGGCCCUUGCUCCGAAGUGUGGCGUUUCACUUGUUGGCAGCCUUGGCCGAGGCCGCCAUCGACGACACCGACGACCGGAACGACCUACCGGUCUUUCGACACCUGGACGACCGGGAGGCGAACUCACGAGAUCGAGAUCGCUCGGUGCCGCAGCGAGACCGUCUACAAGAAUGGCUCGAGGAGCAAGACGCCCCUCGCCCAGAGGAGCUGAAAGCCUCCCAAAUCGCCGGGGUCCCCAAGGCUGUGCCUUUGCGUGCGCCCUUAGACGAGGAAGAAGAGGAGGGAGCCUGA